CAUGAGGGUGGACUUGGAGGCGGCAUCGGGGGUGGAUUUGGCGGUGGAAUCGGUGGUGGCAUCGGCGGCGGUUUUGGAGGUGGAGCUGGAGGUGGCGGUGGCGGCGGCGGUGCUACUGUCACUACCAUCACCCAAGCUGUAGGAGUACCAGUGCCCCAACCCUACCCAGUCACUGUCACUCGCCGUGUCCCAGUCCCAGUACCACAGCCUGUGGAGGUUCCAGUGCCACGCCCCGUGCAAGUACCAGUGCCAGUCCCUCGUCCCGUUGUCGUUCCCAGACCAGUCCCUGUUACUGUAACUCGUCCAGUACCAGUACCAGUGCAAGUCCCUGUCCAAGUACCAGUACCACAGCCCGUUGGAGUGCCAGUACCCCAACCCUAUCCAGUCACUGUACCACAACCCGUCCCUGUUAGAGUACCACAAACCAUCGUAGUACCAGUCGCUCAACCUGUCGUUGUUGGAGGAGGCGGCGGUGGAGCCGGCGGCGGAUUUGGUGGAGGAAUCGGUGGUGGAUUUGGAGGUGGAAUUGGAGGAGGAAUCGGCGGAGGAUAUGGCGGAGGCCAUAGUCUUGGAGGAGGAAUCGGCGGAGGAUAUGGCGGAGGCCAUAGUCUUGGAGGAGGAUUAGGCGGCGGCUAUGGAUCAGGUUACAGCGGAAUUGGAAUCGGAUCGGGCGGAAUUGGUGGCGCUGGACUUGGAAUUGGUACUAUUGGUAGUGCCGGAUUGGGAAUUAGUUCUGGAAUCAAACACGGCGCUACUGUUUCCACCAUCAGUCAAGCAGUUCCAGUACCGGUACCACAACCCUAUCCAGUCACUGUCACGCGCCCUGUACCAGUACCAGUAGCACAACCCGUCGCUGUUCCAGUACCACGUCCAGUGCAAGUACCAGUGCCAGUACCACGUCCCGUUGUUGUUCCUAGACCAGUACCAUUCACUGUUUCUCGCCCUGUACCAGUACCAAUCAGCGUACCAAUUCAAGUACCUGUGGCCCAACCUGUUGGAGUUCCAGUUCCCCAACCAUACCCCGUCACUGUGCCCCAACCCGUUCCAGUCAGAGUGCCACAAACCGUUGUUAUUCCAGUGGCUCAACCUGUACUUGCUGGAGGCAGCGGAUUCUUUGGAGGUGCUGGAUUGGGCGGAAUUGGAGGAUUUGGAGGCAUUGGAAGUUCGAUCGGGAUUUCAUCCGGAAGUUAUGGGGGAUAUGGUUAUGGAACCAGCAUUUAUGAUCAUCAUCACCUUAAAUAUGAAGUCACCAUUUCUUUCUUGCUUCUUGACCAUACACAUACGCAUAUCAUGAAGCACAUCAUUGUAGCGUCAUUGAUAUUAGCAGUCGCUUGCACCGUCCAAGGAGGCGAGGCUGAUAAACGCAAAAAUGGAAAACGAGGUAUCAUUAGCUCAUUUGGUAGUGGGGGCUCUGAAAAAAGUCAACAAUCUGGAGGAAGCUAUGGAGGUAUUUCACUUGGAGGUCAGCAAUCUGGAAGCAUUUCAUUUGGAGGAACUCAGCAAUUGAGUGGAGGUAGUGCUCUUUCCUUCAGUGGAGGUCAUCAGUUAGGUGGAAGCAGUAUUUCAUUUGGAAGUGGACAAUCCUUUGGAGGAAAUCAACAAUCUGAAGGACAUUUUUCGCUUGGUAGUCUUGGAGGAGGUCAAUCUAGUGGCAGUUAUGGAAGUAGCUUGUCUCUAGGAGAAGGUCAACAAUCUGGGGGCAGUCUUGGAGGAGAUCACUUGCAAGGAAUCUCUUUGGGAGGACAGCAAUUUGGAGGUUACAGCCUAGGUGGGAGUCAAUCCGGAGGAAAUUAUGGAAGUGGCUCGUCUCAAGGAGGAGGUCAACAAUUAGGCUACGGUCUUGGAGGAAGUCAAUCAAUUUCUUUGGGAGGACAACAAUCCGGAAGCUACAGCCUUGGCGGAGGUCAAUCUGGUGGAAAUUAUGGAAGCAGCUUGUCUCUUGGAGGAGGUCAAUCAAAUGGAAUAUCUUUGGGAGGACAGCAAUCCGGAGGACACAGCCUAGGUGGAAGUCAAUCUGGUGGAAGUUAUGGAAGUAGCUCGUCUCAAGGAGGAGGUCUCCACUUAGUUCACGGUCUUGGAGGGAGUCAAUCAAAUGAAAUUUCUUUGGGAGGACAACAAUCUGGAGGCUAUAGCCUAGGUGGAAGUCAAUCUGGUGGAAGUUAUGGAAGUGGUUUGUCUCUAGGAGGAGGUCAAUCAAAUGGAAUUUCUUUGGGAGGACAGCAAUCCGGAGGUUACAGCCUAGGUGGAAGUCAAUCUGGUGGAAGUUAUGGAAGUAGCUCGUCUCAAGGAGGAGGUCUGCACUUAGGUUACGGUCUUGGAGGAAGUCAAUCAAACGAAAUUUCUUUUGGAGGACARCAAUCCGGAGGCUAUAGCCUAGGUGGAAGUCAAUCUGGUGGAAGUUAUGGAAGUGGUUUGUCUCUAGGAGGAGGUCAAUCAAAUGGAAUUUCUUUGGGAGGACAGCAAUCCGGAGGGUACAGUCUAAGUGGAAGUCAAUCUGGUGGAAGUUAUGGAAGUAGCUCGUCUCAAGGAGGAGGUCUGCACUUAGGUUACGGUCUUGGAGGAAGCCAAUCAAACGAGAUUUCUUUGGGUGGACAACAAUCCGGAGGCUAUGGUGGAAGUUAUGGAAGUGGUUUGUCUCUAGGAGGAGGUCAACAGUCUGGUUACAGUCUUGGAGGAAGUCAGUCAAGUGGAAUUUCCUUGGGAGGACAACAGGCUGGAAGCUACAGUCUAGGCGGAGGUGGUAGCUCUGGAAGCAGCUUGUUUCUAGGAGGAGGUCAAUCAUUUGGAAGUGGAGGGUCAGGACUUGCAGGUGGUACCGGAGGGAGUAUUGGGAGAGGCGCUACUGUUAGCACUGUAAGCCAAAGAGUACCAGUACCCGUACCACAGCCGUAUCCAGUUACAGUAACGCGUCCCGUACCAGUCCCCGUGCCACAACCUGUCGAAGUACCAGUACCACGCCCAGUCAAAGUUCCCGUACCGGUACCAAAACCUGUCAUUGUGCCAAGACCUGUACCAGUAACAGUAACCCGCCGUGUACCAGUACCAGUUCAAGUACCAGUUAAAGUACCAGUGCCACAACCCGUAGGUGUACCUGUUCCUCAACCUUACCCAGUUACUGUGCCACAACCUGUACCUGUUCGUGUACCACAAACUAUCGUAGUCCCAGUGCCACAACCCAUUUCAGUCGGAGGUGGUAGCGGUGGUUUCAGUUUUGGAUCUGGAUCCUCAAGUUUUGGAAGCGGAGGUUCUGGUUCCGGUUCAAUUGGAGGUGGAUCUAGUUUUGGACAAAGUUCCGGAAGUUUUGGAAGUGGUUCCGGCCAUGCUUCACUCACGCUACAACCCAUUUCAAGUGGGCAAUCUGGAUUAUCCAUCGGAAGUUCUGGAGGAUUAAAUUCAGGAAGUCAGGGAUUUUCAGGUGGUUAUGGAGAAAAAAACAUUGACCUAACUGGAUAUGGGGGUUCGUCAUCUAUAAGUUAUGGCAACAGUCAAGCAAUUUCCUCUGGGGGAGAUUACAAAUACUAGAAUGAAAUUGUUUCUUUCAUUUUUCAUCAUCACCCCACAUACACAUGAGCUGUGAUAACUCAUUUAAUUUUUGUUACCGUUGUAUUUUUUUACCCCUUUAAGCAAAUAAAAUUUUUUUAUAAAAAAAA